ACCGCCUCCCGGGCCAGCCCAGCCGAGCGGGCGGGUAGCUGGGGCGCCUCCACCUCCUCUUCCUAAAGCGGCGAGGCGCAGACGAGCGGCAUCACUGGAGCCCAGGUCCCAGCCACCGCCACACACAGCGCCCCGAAUUAAGGAGUAGGAGCACCAGCAGAGGCGGCGGCAACAGCGGCCGGGGGGCGCCACAAAGGCCCGGGUCGAAAAGCCUGGGAGGGCCGCAGAGCUACCCCUGGAGGAGGAGCCAGUCCCAGCCCAAGGCGCCACCAGCACAGAAGCCGUGCGGAGCAGCAGUCGCUUUCAUGGCCCACUCACCGGUGGCUGUCCGAGUGCCCGGGAUGCAGAAUAAUAUAGCUGAUCCAGAAGAACUGUUCACAAAAUUAGAACGCAUUGGAAAAGGCUCCUUUGGAGAAGUUUUCAAAGGAAUUGAUAACCGUACCCAGCAAGUGGUUGCUAUUAAAAUUAUAGACCUUGAGGAAGCUGAAGAUGAAAUUGAAGACAUUCAGCAAGAAAUAACUGUUUUGAGUCAGUGUGACAGCUCAUAUGUAACAAAAUACUAUGGAUCAUAUUUAAAGGGCUCAAAAUUAUGGAUAAUAAUGGAAUACCUAGGUGGCGGUUCAGCGCUGGAUCUUCUGCGAGCUGGUCCAUUUGAUGAGUUCCAGAUCGCUACCAUGCUAAAGGAAAUUUUGAAAGGUCUGGACUAUCUGCAUUCAGAAAAGAAAAUCCACCGAGACAUAAAAGCUGCUAAUGUCUUGCUCUCAGAACAAGGAGAUGUUAAACUUGCUGACUUUGGAGUUGCUGGCCAGCUGACAGAUACACAAAUUAAAAGAAAUACUUUUGUGGGAACACCAUUUUGGAUGGCUCCUGAAGUUAUUCAACAGUCUGCUUAUGACUCAAAAGCUGACAUUUGGUCAUUGGGAAUUACUGCUAUUGAACUAGCCAAGGGAGAGCCACCUAACUCCGAUAUGCAUCCAAUGAGAGUUUUGUUUCUUAUUCCAAAAAGCAAUCCUCCAACUCUUGUCGGGGAGUUUACUAAGUCCUUUAAGGAGUUUAUUGAUGCUUGCCUGAACAAAGAUCCAUCAUUUCGUCCUACAGCUAAAGAACUUCUGAAACACAAAUUCAUUGUAAAAAAUUCAAAGAAGACUUCUUAUCUCACUGAACUGAUUGAUCGAUUUAAGAGAUGGAAGGCAGAAGGACACAGUGAUGAUGAAUCUGAUUCUGAGGGCUCUGAUUCGGAAUCCACCAGCAGGGAAAAUAAUACGCAUCCUGAAUGGAGCUUUACCACCGUGCGAAAGAAGCCUGACCCAAAGAAACUGCAGAAUGGGGCAGAGAAAGACCUCGUGCAAACCCUGAGCUGUUUGUCUAUGAUAAUCACACCUGCAUUUGCUGAACUUAAACAGCAGGAUGAGAAUAAUGCUAGCAGGAAUCAGGCAAUUGAAGAACUCGAGAAAAGUAUUGCUGUGGCUGAAGCCGCCUGUCCUGGCAUCACAGAUAAAAUGGUGAAGAAAUUAAUUGAAAAAUUCCAAAAGUGUUCAGCAGAUGAAUCCCCCUAAGAAACUUAAUAUUGGCUUUCAUUUCAUGCGGACCCAGAGAAACCCACCAAAGUUACUUCAAGCUUAACAAUGCUUAACUCAUGAGCUCCAUGUGCCUUUUGGAUCUUUGCAACAUUGAAGAUGUGAAAGAAACUAUUCAACUAUUUUGUGAUGGUGUUUAUCAUUUUAUAUUUUAAAGAGAUUAUUUUGUAAGGAAUAACUUUUAAUACUAUAGUUUCAUCUGUUUUCUAGUAAAUGUUGAGAUAUAGUUUUGCUUUUAGAUAUCAUUAUUAAGUUACUAGGAUGAAUACCUUUCAUGUUUCGAUCUUUAGUUAACUAUACACUGAUGAAACAUACAGGUCUUUCAAAGUCAUUCUAAAUAUUCAACUUUUGUAAAUUAUCAAAUCUCCAAAAGCUUAAAAAAACAUAAGCAUGUUCUAAAAAUUACUGUUGGUGGAGAGAUGCAAACAAGUCAUACCUUCUUAAAAGAGAAGUUUUUAAUAAACUCUUGGAAAUGGUACCUGGAAAAGUAUAGACUCUCCUACAAAGUUGGUAUGAUAUUCCAGGUAGCUCAAUGACGAUCACAUUGAAGAGCCCUGUGUUUAAAGCAUUUAUAGGCAACAUGUAGCAACAGGGGUACUUCUUGGUGUGCAGUAUUUAUCAUCUCUUUUAGAAGAGGAAAUUAACCCUUAUUUAACAUGGUUGAAGAUUUAAUGCAAUGCCAAGGAUGGGUUUUUGGUAAUACUGUAGGAAUUAGUCUUCAUUUUUUUAAAUUUUCAAUUCAAAUAGCAUAUUAUAUGCUUAGAUUUGGGGAGCUUAAAAAGCUGCUCUUCAUGUGAUUGAAACCUAAUCAACAGGUAGGAAUAUAAUUUACACCAGCAUAUUUUUAUCAUGGUAGUAAAAUAUGCUAUAAACUAUUUAUACAUUUUUGCUCUUCAUAAUUAUCUAGUACAUAAGCAUCAUUUGUUCAUUUUUGAAAGGGUAUUUAAAUAGGAAUUUUCUGGUUCAUAUGAAAGUAACCAUAGUACAGGAUGAAUUCUGUCUGUACAAAGGUAAGUUAGACUGUACAGUUAAUUUUCAGUUAUAUUUAUGGUACUGUUAUGUGGGUAAUACCUUUUUUAAGCCCAGUAUAUAUAUUAUGCCUGCCUAAGUUCUGAACUGUAGUUGUCUAAUUAUUGAUAUUAGUUAAUUUUGAUGGUUGACGUUUUAUUGUUUGGAACUGCACAAUUUUGUUUUUGCACAAAAGUCAUUUUUAAAAAUCUGAAUAAUUGCCAAAUAUUAGAAGAAAAAUAUUCUUCAAGUAAAGAAUAUAGUUUUUAAUCAAAGUGGCCAUUACCUCCUCUUUUUGUAAGAAUAAAGACAAUUAAGUUUUUGUCAUGUCAUGUGCCAAGAAAAUUAUUUUCAUUGGUGCCUACACUUUAAAGAUUACUUUUAACACAUUUUAUUUUCAAGUAAUGGCUCAGUUAAAAUUUUCACCUUCUAUGGAACUGAAACUCAAUUACAAUUUAUAAUCUGUAGAGGUUAGGAAAUAAACUUGCCACUCAUAUCAUGAGUUAAAAGAAUAUUUUUAUAAAAGUAAAAGCAACCAAUUUAUAAAUUGAUUAUUUAAAACUUUACACCACAACUGCAUCAUAAAUAGAAAUUGUAUUGCUUAUUCAUUGUAGUUAUUAGUCCUGUAAACUGUUUCUAGGUGAAGCGUACUCCAGUGUUUGGCGGGGGUGUAAAAUAAAUAUUUAAAUUUCAUGGUC